AUGGUCAGACCUGGAAUACACGGGGCAUCUGCGCUGAUCGACGCCUUCAGCCGCCUAGGAAAUCACGGUGGUACCAGAGCGCAGAUCGAAAACUACGAGCUUUUGGUAGUGAAUGAGUUAGCCCGUGUCAACAAUGCAUACUACUCACUGACCGAUGGCAUCGUCAAUCGCCCAGACCCAGUCGUACUAUUUAACCAAGUUGAAAUCAGAACGGAGCUCUUAGAGCAACUCCAAUCAAAACGUUUCCCUAGCCUGAGACGCCAUGUCAUUGCCCUUUCGAAUGCGCUCAUCAGCCGGACCGAUCCCCAGAACGAUCCAGUUUCGAAACUCAAACUGAUCCUCAAAAUUUUGACAAAACUGGAUGUCACCUUGGAUAAAAUCAAGUUCGCCAUAGCUUGCAUCAACCCAGGCAUAGACCCACAAGAAGUGAGGCAUGACCAGGACUUCAAUAAAGCGAGACAAGUGAUAUGCUGCCGUCUCGAUCUAAUCACAAACUUGGUGACCGGGCAUGUUUGCGACUUGCUUCAUUCCUCUCGUCAUUUUAUGGAAGACUCGGGCUACACAUUCGCCGUCGAUCACCCUCACAAGAGAGCCGAAGUACGCGAGCUCACGGACACUUGCUUGGACUCUAUCGACAGGGCACUCGACUUCAUGAAUAAAUCCGAGUUAGAUUUCAUUCAAGACGCAUGGCGAGUGCUCAUAGAGUCGAUCAAUGACGCGCUCAAGAAGUUUACGAAAUUCAUCAAUCGACCCUAUCCAGCUCCACUGAGUGAUCAACCUCGUACCAAAUCGUCGGUGAUCGCAGUCAUCAAAUUAGCCAGAAUGUUUUUUGCAAAACUAUUACAGAUGUCGACCGACAAACGAAACUUCAAAAUGGCCACGCAUCUGAAUUCUAGGGAGCUCGAUAUAUUUGCUGGAAUGAAUAACCUGCUUUCUGCAAAGAUAGAGAAGCUUGUCGACGGUCUUGGCCGGGGGGAUAAUGGCGCAGAUCAGUUCGAAAAUUUCCUCACGGUCCAAGGCUCAAUAGCUCAUCUUCAAAAUGCCCCAAAAACGAUCUUGUUCAUGAUCGACCACUUUUUUAUUCCUGUCGCCCCUCAGGCAGACCAACCUUCUCAUAAGAUGUAUUACAAAGGCUGGUUUUAUCAAUUUAACAGCGCGUACCGAUUGGCCACCGAUGACCUGCAAGAGGCUUACAUGCUCACCAUGUAA